AUGAGGCAGAAGCACCACCUCGAGGCUGCGGCGCGGAAACUGCAGGCUCGCUGCCCGGCCAGGCCCGCUAUCUCCUAUGCUAAAAGCACUUUUGAAGAAACAUGCCCAUACUGUUUCCAGUUGCUGAUUCUGGAUAAUUCUCGAGUACGCCUCAAACCCAAGCCCAAACUGACACCAAGAAUUCAGAAACUUCUUAAUCGAGAAGCAAGAAAUUGUACACUCAGUUUUAAAGAGGCAAAAAUUGUGAAAAAGUACAAAGACUCCAAAAGUGUACUGUUGAUUACGUGUAAAACAUGCAACAAAACAGUGAAACAUCGUGGAAAGAGCAGAAGCUUUCUGUCAGCACUGAGGAGCAAUCCUGCCACUCCUGCGAGGAAACUCAGCCUGAAGACCCCAGAGAGAAAGUCUGUAGGUUCUCCAAACCUAAAUCACAGGGUGUCCGGUUCCAAAGGCAAGAGCCCAGCAUUGACUUUCAGAACACCUACAUCUGGACACUCAACACCCACUUGCUCCUCAAAAAAUGUGAACAAAACAAAGAAACACUUCUCUCAACUAAAAACGUUACUUAGCCAGAGUGAAUCCAAAAAGAAUUCAAAGGUAGACUUCAGAAAUUUCUUAUCUUCUUUGUAAAGGAUGGACUUAUGGAAAUAAGAAAUGUUUAAUGCAAUUUCUGAAACUAAAGUUACCAGAAAAACAGCUUUUUAAAAACUAGGGUCUAAAAGCAAACUUUUCUUGGCAGUAUUCUGUAUUUAUGGAGAAAAUACCUCAUUAGAAUGAAUAACUAAAACCUGCCUAUC